CAUUUAUUUGAACCUAUCGACGUGACUUUACCGAAAGACCCAAAGAAUACGUGGAGGCUCAGAUAAUAAUCAUUUUGUACCUGAGACAACCCCCCCCCCCCAUCUUUCCAAAUGCUUUGGGGCACAGGGGGACUGCCGCCACUAAACCCUGCCAACCUUGAAGAGAUCGGUGCUUCUUGCGUCUCAAGAUGGCUGUAAAGUUGGUGAUUGGCAAUGGUUAAUGGGUGAGUGGCUGAUGCACCCCCGCGAAUUUCGUUAAUGAGUGAGCGAUAUGGCCGUGACGCUUGUUAAUGGGUGAGUGUGGCUCACGCGCGCGCAUGACCGGGCGGGGCGAAGUGGCGACGUUUAUGGUCCUCGGUUCUGCUAAAGUGCAGCAGCAGCAGCAGGGCCACUGCGGCUCAAGAGAGACGACCCCCAGGCGCAAGACCACGGGCCUUCUGGCCACGCCGAAGGAGCUACCACCAGCAGCAGAAGGCACCAGCAGCCACCAGCAGCCAGAAGGCACCAGGAGCCACCAGCAAUCACCAGGAGCCACCAGCCGCCACCAGGAGCCACCAGCAAUCACCAGGAGCCACCAGCCGCCACCAGGAGCCACCAUCAAUCACCAGGAGCCACCAUCAAUCACCAGGAGCCACCAGCAAUCACCAGGAGCCACGAGAUUCCCAGGAGCUGAGCCGGCACCAGCUCACUCCCGCCUUCGUUACCUGACCCGGAGUCAUAAUGCGACUCGCGUUGGUGCUCUGCGCUCUGCUGGGCGUGACUCACGGCUACUUCAGGCAAUGGACACGUGACACCAACUUCGGGAACGGCUCCAACUGGGAGGGCGGUCGCCCCCCCUGUGCCGCAGAGCGAGCCAUCUUCCCCGCGGACGAGUCGGUCUCGGUGUACGUGGAUGGCAGCUUCUCCAUACUAGACAUGUACCUGCCGCUGAACUCGGAGCUGAUCCUGCAGGAGGGUGCCACCCUGAGUGCCAGUGACGGCCGCAGCGACCCGCAGACGGGAUGCGUCGCGGGCGACGCGCACUUCGUGCCGCAGGCCGGGUGGUCGUGGCUGGACGCGCGCCUCUGGGCGACGGCGCGCUCUCGCGACGAGCUGCUGGCCGGGCGGCCGCUGCCCGCUGUGGACGUGGAGCGCGUCCCCUGCGCCGCCGACGACGUCGAAUUCCGACCGCUCACCUCCUUCCGCGUGGGCCUCCAGGGGGGACCCUUCCACGCCCGCUCGCUCUCCGUCAUGGGACAGAACUUCUCGACGGAGGCGUCUCUGCGGAGCUAUUUGCAGAGCCGCUCGGGAAGGCUGCAGUUCCACGGCGGCUCUGUCUCCGUGCAGCCCGACGGGACGUGCCUGGAUCCCAGCGGCUGCCUGUGCGGGAACGACCGGCACAGAGACCACAUCUGCUCGCGGCUCUACGGCACAGUGGAGGGGGGAGGCUGGCCGUGCCCCGAGCUCACCUGCCCCACGGGGCUCCUGGCCGAAGGGAACUGCUGCCCUGAGUGCGGUGCAUUGAUGCGCUUGGAGUACAAUGCCAAGUUCGACCUGGAGAAUUAUCGCAGCCGAAUCAUUCACAGCUUCCUGGGACUGGACGAGUUCAGGUUUGUGUGGAUGGCCAUGUCCAAGGUGCGGGGGGGCGCCGCCGCCGCCGCGAUGGCGUCCGGGGGCAGCGGCUGGGCGCGACUCCUGGGCCUGUUCGGCGAGGGCGCCGCGGCGGAGGAGCCGCACGUGCAGCUGCUGCUCACCGGCACAGACGGCGCGUCCGGCUCCACGGACGCCGCCUUCGCCCUCGCCAGGGCCAUCGUGGCCGACGUCGACCGCUACGGCACGUGGCGCGCCAACGCGGAACCACACGGAGAGAGCUACGGCGUGACGCACGUCACCUUGCGCACCUCGGAGGCCGAGCCCGCUGAGCACGGGGGCUCCCCGGUGGUGCUGGGCAUCGUGCUGGGCGCCCUGGCCCUCUUCAUCGUCCUCGUGGGCCUCUCCUACGCCGCGUUCACCCGCCGCAAGCGCAGGUCGCAGCAGGCGGAGCUGAGUGAGGGUGAGGUCAGCCAGGGGGCGGGUGAGGCCCCCGGGGGGCAGCUCGGGCUCUGGGCGAGACUCUCGGCCGCCCUGGGCAGGAGUCCACAGCCGGGGGCUGGGGACGGAUUCGAAAACCCCAUGUUUGAUACCCCCAUGCAGAAGGGUCUGUACGGCCUCUACUCCGAAGAGAACGUGGAGCCCACGGCUCCCCGUGUCAGCGGGACGUGCUUCACCAACCCCGUGUACGCGGAGAGUGAGGCGCAUUAGGCCGAUCUGUCCCGACCCGACCUCACCCCACCGGACCUGACCAUGCUCAGCUUUUUUGCCGAUCAGUCCCAACCUGCACGACGCAACCCAAUCUGACCCUGAUCUGACCCCCUACCCAGUCCGAACUGACCCUACCCAGUCCAAUCUGACCCUAUCCAGUCCGAACUGACUCUACCCAGUCCGAUCUGACCCCACCCAGUCCGAACUGACCCUACCCAGUCCGAACUGACCCUACCCAGUCCGAACUGACCCUAUCCAGUCCGAUCUGACCCUACCCAGUCCGAACUGACCCUACCCAGUCCGAACUGACCCCCUACCCAGUCUGAACUGACCCUACCCAGUCCGAUCUGACCCUACCCAGUCCGAUCUGACCCUACCCAGUCCGAACUGACCCCCUACCCAGUCCGAACUGACCCUACCCAGUCCGAACUGACCCCCUACCCAGUCUGAUCUGACCCCCUACCCAGUCCGAUCUGACCCCCUACCCAGUCCGAUCUGACCCCCUACCCAGUCCGAUCUGACCCUACCCAGUCCGAACUGACCCUACCCAGUCCGAUCUGACCCUACCCAGUCCGAACUGACCCUACCCAGUCCGAAUUGACCCUACCCAGUCCAAACUGACCCCCUACCCAGUCUGAUCUGACCCCCUACCCAGUCCGAUCUGACCCUACCCAGUCCGAUCUGACCCUACCCAGUCCGAUCUGACCCUACCCAGUCCGAACUGACCCUACCCAGUCCGAUCUGACCCUACCCAGUCCGAACUGACCCCCUACCCAGUCCGAACUGACCCUACCCAGUCCGAACUGACCCUACCCAGUCCGAACUGACCCUACCCAGUCCGAACUGACCCUACCCAGUCCGAACUGACCCUACCCAGUCCGAACUGACCCCCUACACAGUCCGAACUGACCCCCUACCCAGUCCGAACUGACCCCCUACCCAGUCCGAACUGACCCCCUACACAGUCCGAACUGACCCCCUACCCAGUCCGAACUGACCCUACCCAAGAAAAGCCGCAGUGUGGUCUCCGAGCCCAAACCAUGGAUCCUACCGUAUGUACGACUCUGCCCAUUUCCAUCGUUCACCGGAGGACCUGGGAUGUGUUCGCUACGUGGCUGCUCCUGGAGCCGUCCACUGGCUCACUCACCAAACCUCCGUAUGAACAUAGAGACACCGCCCAUCAACGACCCCACACCGUGCGAGAGAAAAAUUUCAACCCAUCCCUUACCCGACCCUGUCCAGUGUGACCUGACCGGUGCCGUAGCCACGCGUUCGGCACGGGCCCUAGUGCAAGAGAUGAAUCUGCGCCUUCCCAUUCAAUUUCGCUCCCUCGUCGUAGCCCGGCGCCUGGGCUCCCUGCAGCCUGUGGGCUCUGACACCGGCACACUCGAUGGCUCCGCUACUGGACCCGACCCAAUCCAGCUCGACCCAGCUCGCGUGCGAUUCAGCGCAAGGGACCGAAGAAGUUUACACGCCACGAGUGAUGAUUGCAGCACCAGUAUUUACCUGAUCGUGCUAGGGAGCACACCACACUUGUGCGCAGUAACACGUGAUAUAUCCUUGAUCCCGUGCGUGUGUCUUUCAAGAGAUAUUUUACCGACGCUCAUUCAUAUUUUAAUUUAUCGGUGGGAUUACCUCGAUUGCAACGUUAGUCUCCAACACCGGUCUUUGAUGAAGGAAACAUUUGUUUGCAAAAUGUAUUUUUUUCUACACGUUUCAUCUCCAAAUGAGAAAGUGAAAUCAAGUCCUAACUAAACCACUGAGAUGGCUUGCUGUACCUUUCCAAGUGCCUCGUUGGUGUGGUUAUAUUUUUAAAGCCAGGAAAUUUUGGUGAUGGCUCAUGCGAUAUCGAAGGCAUAUAGGAUCCAGUGCCGGAUUAAGCUAGUGCGGGGCCUGUAGCACAUGUUAUAAAGGGGCCCUAAAUUUAUUUUUUUAAAACACACAAAUAUUAAAACACAAAUGUUUUACCUGCAUAGUAAAA